AUGGCUGAAACGGUAACUUCAGCACAACGGGGGCGCCUGGACUUCAGUCCAGUGAGGAGACACGACUCUAACAAGGAGAAUGAUGUUCCCGUUUUGAGUUUGAUCCAGUUUUCAAAGGCUCCUUUUGUGACAUUCGGAACAGUGAAGUUGGGCACCUCCAGGUCGGCGGUUCUGCGGAUAGAGAACCCCACAGUGGACACAGAUGCGGAGGUUACUGUGGAAAAGAUCCCGUCAAGUAAAGGCUUUUCUGUGGACUACAACACGUUCACGAUCCAGCCUGAGAGCUCAUUCAGUUUGACAGUGACCUGGACUCCUACAGAGGAAGGUGGCAUCAGAGAGCUCAUCACCUUCAAUGCUAAUGGAGUCCUCAAGCACCAGGCUGUUCUGCUGGGAAGAGCGGAGGCGCCGAAAAAGAAAAAGCGAGGGAAAACUGUCAAAGAGAGGUCCCUCACCAAGUACAGCCCCAGUGAUGAGCGCUGCCGGAAAUCAGAGGAACUCAAAGCCCUAAAUCCCAACCAAAGGCAGCAGCCUCUGGUCUUGUCAGACCAGGAGAAUAUCAGCCAUGCUCAGAGGAACUCUCCUCUCGUCCUGCUUGUCCCAACUGCAAAGCUGAUGGACUCGGGCCACAUGUCUGCUAGCCCAGACACCCUGGCAGGAAAACCUGAAAACAAAGAGCUCACUAAAAUGCUCAACAGGACGCUGUCACCUAUCGGGACACCAGAGAGGUUUAAGAAGCUGAUGCCUUAUAUUCAUUCAGAGAGCCCACGUCCUGCUUCUCCUGAUGUUGACGGUGGAUUAAACAAAGCCCCUGGUCUGUCUUUGAAAGAUGCACUGAUGCUCAUUGACUCUGAUCUGAUCUCUAUUAACGCCAGUCCUCGAGACACUAAUUCGAGCAGGGACUUUUCAGAUUCACUGGAAUCUCUGAGUGGAAAACAAAACUAUGGACCUCCCACAGAUGUCUUCAAGUCAGUACCUGAUAGCCCAGAGCUGGAGAAGCCCAAUGAGCCAAGACUGACUUUCUUUGUCAGCAAGAAGGUUGUCGUGAAUGAGGUUGUUGUUUCAGAGGCUGAUAAGGCUGACGAAAGAGUAAAAAAGGCCUCUUUCUGCUCAGUUACAGUGACCAAAAGCAAAGCACCGGUGGAGGCAAGCAAUUCGAGUGGAAGGAAGAUUAAGAAAUCACGGCGACGGCUCUUAGAGAAGACGCUCGAGCUGUCUGACGGCAGCAGUCAGUGUGAGUCUGGACAAGGCACUCCAAGCCUCCCAGUGAUAGACCCAGACAGAGCAGCCACACCGACUGACGAGCAUCAAGCCACAGAGUUUUCCUCCUCCAGCCUGACUCCAAGGCUCCCCGCUUCGCCUGCACCCAUCACCUUCCCUGUCUCCUCCCCUCCACCCAUGGCUUCCUCUCGCUUCUCUUUCUCCAUCACUUCUCCUCCAGUUGCUGGCCCCAUCUCUUUUACCCUCACUUCUCCAUCACCUGUGGGCUCAUCUUCCCCUCUUCACUUAUCAAACUCUGAUCUGUACAAGCAGUCCCCAACAAUUUUGUCACCUCCCCCGAUUCACGAAGACUCAUUUCCCAUCCAUGUGGUGGGGAAGAGCAAGAAGAGGAAGAGUGAGGAGUAUUUGAAAAGUGAUGGGAAAGUUGAGGACGCUGGGAAAACCGAGCCAGUCAAAAGGAGCAGGGUGCUGACUAGAAGAGCCGAGCCCUCAAAACCAGUACAGGAGAAGAGAGGCGCACCCCAACGGCAGAGAACAGCAGGCCCAGCACGCUCGAUGACUACAUCAUCUCUAAAGACUACAAAGUCUGCAGUUCCUGCUCAGGCUAAGCAGCCGAGCUCCAAAGCCACCUCGCGAGCUGCUGCAUCUCGGAAAACAUCUGCUGCUCCAUCUGCGAGGACAGCAAAAGUAGUUGCUGUAGCGCAGUCGAAGCUGACCUUUAUUAGGCCUGCGCAAACAGCUUUACCCAGACACCCCAUGCCGUUCGCCGCCAAAAACAUGUUCUAUGACGAGAGGUGGAUUGAGAAGCAGGAGAGAGGAUUCACGUGGUGGAUCAACUACGUUCUCACCCCAGAUGACUUUAAAGUCAACACUGAAGUCACUAAAGUGAGCGCCGUGUCUCUUGCCCUGGGCAGCGAUGACAACUUCAAUGUGCCUAAAGCUCCCACCAAAGAAGAGAUGUCUUUCAGCACCUACACAGCCAGACGGAAGCUAAACCGCCUCCGUCGUUCCGCCUGCCAGCUGUUCACAUCUGAGGCCAUGGUCAAGGCUAUUCAGAGGCUCGAACUGGAGGUGGAGGCCCGGCGGCUGCUUGUCAGGAAAGACCGCCACCUUUGGAAGGACAUUGGUGAACGCAGAAAAGUCCUCAACUGGCUUCUUUCUUACAACCCGCUGUGGUUGCGUAUCGGCCUCGAGACGAUCUACGGGGAGCUGAUCUCGCUCGAGAGCAACAACGAUGCUUUGGGUCUGGCCAUGUUCAUCCUCCAGCGACUGCUCUGGAACCCAGACAUCGCCGCCGAGUUCAGACACCCCAGAGUGCCUCACCUUUACAAAGACGGCCACGAGGAGGCGCUGUCUCGCUUCACUCUGAAGAAGCUGCUCCUGCUGGUGUGUUUCCUGGACAAAGCCAAAGAGUCCCGACUGAUUGAACACGACCCCUGUCUGUUCUGCGUGGACGCCGAGUUCAAGGCGAGCAAAGACCUGCUGCUGGCCUUCUCGAGGGAUUUCCUGAGCGGUGAAGGCAUCCUCCCCCGGCACCUCGGCUACCUCGGGUUACCCGUCUCCCACGUUCAGACGCCUCUGGACGAGUUCAACUUCGCUGUGAAGAAUUUGGCAGUUGACUUGAAAUGCGGCAUUCGCCUAGUGCGUGUGAUGGAGCUCCUCGUCCAGGACUGGAGUUUAUCAGCGAAGCUCCGUCUGCCGGCCAUCAGCCGCCUGCAGAAGGUCCACAACGUCGACAUCGCUCUGCACGUGCUCAAAAGCAAAGGGGUCGACCUCAAAGAUGAACACGGCGCCCCCAUUGAUUCAAGAGAUGUUGUUGAUGGACACAGAGAAAAGACACUGAGCCUCCUGUGGAAAAUCAUCUUUGCAUUUCACGUGGAGGUGAUUCUGGACGAGGAUCAGCUCAGGGACGAGAUCAGCUUCUUGAAGAGAACCCUGAGGACCAAACGGAGCCUGGCGUCCUUGAGGGCCGACCGGGGCCUUCAGCCAAGCCCUGCGACGACCAGGGCGCCGUAUGAACAUGGCAGCACCAAGGUCACCUUGCUGAUGGACUGGGUCCGCUCCGUGUGUGACUUCUACAACCUCAAGGUGGAGAACUUCACCGUGACGUUCUCGGAUGGCCGCGUCCUCUGCUACCUUAUCCACCACUACCACCCCGGCCUCCUGCCAGAGGCGUCCGUCAGUCACAGCACCAGUCAGACUGUCGAGUGCUCACCGAGAGGCCGACUGGAGCUCAGCUGCUCAGCCAGCGACUCCGACAGCUCCUUUGACUCCAUGCCGACAGGCCCGAACGGCCUAGAUUCUCCAUCACUAAAGUUUAAAGAGCUCCUGGAAAACGAGAAAAACAACUUCAGGCUGGUCAACAGUGCUGUGGCUUUCCUGGGCGGAGUUCCUGCCAUGAUCAACCCAGCUGACAUGUCCAACACCAUUCCCAACGAGAAGGUUGUGAUGUCCUACCUGUCCUUCCUGUGUGCUCGUUUGCUGGACCUGCGGAAUGAAACCAGAGCAGCUCGGGUCAUACAGGGCGCCUGGAGGAAAUACAGGCUGAAGAAAGAUCUACAGCUCUACAAGGAAAGAAACGCGGCUGCUGUGAAAAUCCAGGUGUUGGCGAGGAGGUUUCUCCAAAAGUGCCGAGCUAAGAGGCAGAAUCAAGCUGCUGUCAUCAUCCAGUCGUUCUGGAGGGCUCAUGCAGCCCGCAAGAGGCUGAGGCUGAAAAAAGAGGCUCAGCGUCGGGCUAUGCAGCAUGAGGCAGCAACUGUUAUCCAGGCUCAGUGGAGGAUGUUUUCGGCCAUGAGGGAUUACCAACGCCUCAGAUAUUACACCAUUGUUGUCCAGGCACAAUGGCGAAUGAGGAGGGCAGCCUCUUCUUAUGGGAAAAUCUACUGGGCGGCAACAGUCAUUCAGAAGUACUCACGAGCAUGGGCUCUUUCGAGAAGAGAUCGGCAACGUUAUCUCUGCCUGAGGACCGCGGCGGUGACAAUACAGGGAGGGUACAGGAGAUGGAAAGCUCAGAAAACACACAAAGAAAACCGUGCUGCUGAAGUGAUACAAGCUGCAUUUAAGGAGUGGUACAAGGACAAGAUGGCAAAAAAAUCUGCUGCUGCUGUACGAAUUCAAUCUUGGUACAGAAUGCACAUGUGUCUCUGUGAAUACAGAAAGAUCAAGAGAAGUGCUGUGCUCAUUCAAGCCCAGUACAGAGGCCGUGCACAGAGGCGCUGCUUUCAGAUGUGGAAGUUGCAGCAACGAUCUGCUAUUGUCAUCCAGAGCGCCUUCAGAGGGCACACUGUCAGGAAACAGGUGGAGAGGAUGAGAUGCGCUGCAGUCAUAAUCCAACGCUGGUUCAGGGCCUCUGUGACAAGAGACACGGAAAGGAAAAUGUUUCUGAGGAUGAGACACGCGGCUGUUACCAUACAGGCAGCUUAUCGGGGAAAAGUGUCUCGAGAGUGGCUGAAAAAGCAACACGAGGCAGCAGCAGUGAUCCAGGCAGCUUUUAGGAAGUAUGCUGCCCAAAGGCACUACCUUGCCUUGAGAAAAGCUGCAAAUGUGAUACAGCAGAAGUACAGAGCCACAAUUUUGGCUCGUAAGACAAAGGAUGAAUACGAUGGUCUUAGGAAUGCUGCGCUCACUUUACAAGCUAACUGGAGAGGCAGAGCUGACAGGAAGAGGAUAGAGAAGUGGCAUCAGUGUGCAACACUGAUACAGGCUCACUAUCGUCGGCACAAAGCACAAGCAGAGUACAAAUCCAUGCAGGCAGCAGCUGCAGUCAUACAACAUGGUUAUAGAGCUUUUGUGGCAGGAAAGGAGAUGAGGAAAGCGUACCUACAGAAGAAAGCAGCAUGUGUUACUCUCCAAGCUGGAUUCAGAGGCAUGAGAGUUAGGACGGAGCUAAAGAAAAAGCACCAGGCAGCGACUGUCAUUCAGUCUUUUGUGAGAAUGUUUUUAUGUAGGAAACGGUAUUUUCUCCUUCAAAGUGCAGCGAUUAUCAUCCAAAGCCAAUACAGAGCUCUUCUACUCUGCAGAGAGCAGCGAAAUGAAUUCAGAAAACUAAAGCAGGCCACCACAAAGAUACAAGCCGUCUUCCGGGGAUUUAGAGUCAGGAAAGACCUAAACAAGAGGCGCAACGCUGCCAGAACAAUCCAAGCUCAGUUCAGGAUGCAAAGAAUGCGUGCGGCUUACCUUGCUACCAAGCGUGCUGCCGUUAUUAUUCAGCGACGCUACAGGGCUAAAAUGCUCAUGGAUCAACAGAUGCAGACGUACAGAACGAUGAAAUGCGCAGCAGUCGUCGUCCAGGCAGCGUACCGCGGCCACGAGGCCAGGAGAAAGAUUGCAGAGCUGCACCGUGCCGCGACAGUCAUCCAGAGAGCGUUUCUGACCACCCGAGAUAGAAAGCAGUUCCGAGCUAUCAAGGCAGCAGCUUUGGCCUGUCAGCAGAGGUACAGAGCGGUGAUCCUGGCAAGAAAAGACCGUCAGGACUAUCUGUCAAAGCGCAGCGCAGUCAUUUGUCUGCAGGCAGCCUACAGAGGAUAUGAAGUUAGAAAGCAGCUGCGUAUCGAGCAUAUGGCAGCUGUAACAAUUCAGUCUCACUUCAGAAAGCACCAGCAGAGGACCAACUACAAAAAGCUCCGCUGGGCUUCCAGUGUACUGCAAGCACGUUACAGAGCUAACAAAAAAAUGAGAGCAGAGGUGCACGCCUUAAGAGCCAAGAGGAAUGCUGCUGUUGUCUUACAAGCUGCCUUCCGUGGAAUGAAAUCCAGACGAAUCAUCAAACUAAAGCAUGAGGCUGCCAGUGUUAUCCAGAGAGCUUACAGGGCCCACUGCCAGCACAGACGCUAUAUCACCUUAAAAUCCUCCGUGCUCAACGUUCAGCGCAGGUAUCGGGCCAAUGCAGCCACAAAGAAACAAAGGAAACAAUAUGAACAAAUCCGUAAAGCAGCCGUCAUCCUGCAGGCAGCGUUCAGAGGGCAGCAGGUCAGGAAGGAGGUUCAUUGUUGGCAUCAGGCCGCCACUGUGAUCCAGUCUGCAUUCAGAAAACACAGAGAGCAAGUCAAAUUCCAGGCAAUGCGACAGUCCGCCAUCAUCAUCCAGAGACACUGUCGCUCCUGUACUCUUGUAAGACGAGAACGGGUAAAGUUUCUGUCACUGAAACGGUCCACUGUUCGCCUUCAGGCAGCCAUUAGAGGCUGGUGUGUCAGGAGGGACAUCAGCCGACAAAACCGAGCUGCUGUUGUGAUCCAGUCAUGCUGGAGAGGUUCAGUGCAGCGGCGGAUCUUCCAGAAGAAGAAAGAAGCAGCAGUGAAGCUGCAGCGGAGGGUCCGAGCAGUGCAGCUCGGCAGAGAGGAGAGGAGCAAUUACACCCAAAUGAGGCAAGCUGCCGUCACACUUCAGAAACACUGCCGAGCCUGGAUUGCAAGACGUCAGGUACUUGAGGCAGCUCGGGCAGAGAGGAGGCUCCGUUUUACGUCAGCAGUUUUUCAUCAUCUCAGUGCCAUAAAGAUCCAACGAGCUCUGAGAGCUCACUGGGCUUUAGAGUCUGCUAAAAGACAGAUCCACUCUGUCAUCACCAUACAGCGAUGGGUGAGAGCGACGCAGCACCGGAGACGUUAUCUGGAGGACAGGAAGAAGGUGGUUACAGCUCAGAGAGCAGUCAAGAGCUGGCUCGCUCGUCGUCACAACGCUGCGUCCGUCAUCCAGCAGGCUGUUCGGAAAUUCCUUCUUCUGAGGCGCCAGAAGAGGGUUCAGAGGGGCUUUGUCAAGGCUCAGGCUCUGUGGAGAGGACACCGCUCCCGCCGACUGAAUGACAACCCCAAGAUAGUGAAGCUGAGGCACCACUUACGUCAAGUCUCCGCUGGCGUCCGAGAGGAGGACAAACUGUGCAACAAGACAUCAUCCGCGCUCGACUACCUCCUUCGAUACAAACACUUCUCCUACAUUCUAGAGGCCCUGAAAAACCUGGAGACCGCCACCCGGCUGUCCCCAGAGUGCUGCGAGCGGCUGGUGGAGAGCGGCGCCACCAACGUCAUCUUCACGCUGAUCCGCUGCUGCAACAGGAGUGUCCCCUGCAUGGACGUCAUCACCUUCUCCAUCCAGAUCCUCCUCAACCUCUCCAAGUACCACAAGACCAUAGAGGCUGUGUUUUCGGUGGAAAACUCCGUGGAGACGCUGCUGGACCUGCUGCAGCGAUACAGGGAGAAAGCAGGAGAUAAAGUGGCAGAAAAGGGCGGAAGCAUCUUCACUAAGGCUUGCUUCCUGGUUGCGCUGUUGCUGCAGGAUAAGCACCGCGCUCAGGAGGUCAUGAAGCUACCCAAGGUCUUGGACAGGAUACGCAGUAUUUACCGCCUCACUGCUCGCAAACACAAGAUGGACGCAGAGAGAACCAUUGUCAAACAGAAGAUGAACGCAUCAAUCAAUGGGAGCUUCUUCGUUUCAGCAACACCUCGUAAAUCCCGCCCCGCGCCCAAAUUUGCCCCAGAUUGGGUCCUCAGAAAGGACAAGCUCAAAGACAUCGUGGAUCCCCUGAGGGCCAUUCAGAUGGUGGCAGAAACACUGUCCAUUGUGUUGUAAAUAGAGAAACGUUUACGUUUUUAUUCAUUGUCAUUUUUUUUUAUUUCAGAAAAAAGCUUUUUAUGAUGUUGUUGUUUUUGUUACUUAUUCAUUUCCAUGUAUAUAAUAAAAUGGAUAUGCUUUUUCAAA